GAUAUAAUAUAUAGGAUGAGCGAUAAUAGACAAACAUCGACAUCAAAUACAACGUCUACAACACCUGUAGGCGGUGCGAGUACAAGGACAAGCACAGGAUUCCCAGGCACAACUUCGACAAGUCUAGGCUCAACAUCAUCCGAUAUAAAGGAGAUGUCAAAUCAGUUCUCAAUGUCGGAUAUGAUGUCGGCACUCAAUGUAUCGUCGUCUUCCACACUGACCGACAGGGAGAUGGUGAUCAAGGGCAUGGUCAGCGGCACAGAGUACGGCGGCCCGCCCAAGCGCACGAUCUACCUUGAGGAUGACCCGCAGAUCUUUGAUCCGAGCGACCCCCAACUCAAAGAGGACAUCAUUCGAAUGAUCAUCCAAUACUUGCAGGACGAGGGUUACACAGCGUCGCUGCUCACUGUGCAGGACGAGGCCAAUGUCAAGUUCACCGAGCAGCACUACAAGGCGUCUCGCAUGAAGAAGAUGAAGAAGGCAAUACUCGAGGGCGAUUGGACCGAGGUCGAGAAACUCAGCUCAAAGACCACGUUCAAGAACCAGCAGUCCUUCCUCUACGCGGUCUACAAGCAGGCCUACCUCGAGCUGAUCGAGAAGGCCGAGUUCCAAAAGGCCUUUACAUACUUGACGAAGCGACUCAAGCCGCUCGAGGGCCGCCAGACCAACGCCGACGAGUUCAAGGAGCUGUGCUACCUGCUGACCUGCCGCUCAGUGCAGGAGGUGCCGUCAUUCAAGAACUGGGACGGCAGCAAGGGCUCGUCGCGCGAGAAACUGGUCGAGCAGUUCCAGUCGAUGCUGGACCUCGAGGGCACCAAGACUACGGGCCUGUUCCGCGUGCCCCCUCAUCGCCUGCUCACGCUGAUGAAGCAGGCCAUCACUUAUCAGAUCGAGUUUGGUCGCUACCAUCCCAAGGUCGUUCCCAGGAUCAAGUCGCUGUUGGAGGACUAUAGCUGCUUCGUGCUGCCAAACAGCUUGCGCACGACUCUCAGCGGCCACAAGAAGAAUGUCAAGUGUGUCGAGUUCAUCGGCACCAAUGGCCUGUCGCUCGCCUCGGGCUCUAGCGACAACACAAUCAAGCUUUGGAACACAGAGACAGGCGCACUGCUGUCCAAUCUUACAGGAAACACAUCGCGCAUUUGGGAUCUGUCGUCUUCGGCGUCGGGCAAGCUGUUGGCCAGCGCAUCAGGUGAUGGCCUCGUUAACAUCUGGGACAUCAGCCAGACUACCAAGCCAACGUGUCCACUUACGAUCAAGGCGCACGAGGGUGACGCCUACACCGUCCAGUUCCACCCUGGACAGGACCACAUUGCCAGCGGUGGCUACGACAAGACGAUCCACCUACACGACGUGCGCACAGGCCAACUGGUCAAGUCAUUCAUCGGCCACUCGUCGUCCAUAUCCAAGGUUAUCUUCAACCCACAUGGCAACCUCAUCAUAUCUGGCUCCAAGGACAGCACCAUCAAGUUCUGGGACAUUGUAAGUGGCGUGUGCAUCAAGACGCUGACCAGUCAUCUGGGCGAGGUGACAUCGGUGGCCACUAACAGCAGCGGAUCGCUGUUGCUGUCGGCCUCCAAGGACAACUCCAAUCGUAUGUGGGACAUCCGCACGGCGCGCCCACUCAAGCGUUUCAAGGGCCAUCAGAACACAUCCAAGAACUUCAUUCGCAGCUCGUUCGGACCAAAUGAGUCGCUGGUCGUUGGAGGCUCGGAGGAUGGCUCCGUGUACAUAUGGGACAUCGAGACGUGCAACAUCCUUCAGAAGCUGGAGGGCCAUGCCGGCAUGGUCUACUCGGUGGCAUGGAGUCAGCAACAAUCCGUCCUGGCGAGUAGCUCACACGACAACACCGUCAAGCUCUGGUGGUAUGAUCCAUCAAAGCCUGUAUUC